CUUGGUGAUAAUAGUAAGAUACGCUGAUAUGAGGUAUCUGACUCAAAUGCGCUGGAUUGUUAUCUUUAUCUGAUAACACAAUGAUUUAACAGAUUAUAACUGCAGACGGACUAUAAAGCAAGAUAUAUCUCUUGAGAACACAGCAACAACUACUCCUCCUCACAUCUUCCCUCCUCCUCUUCACCUACCUCACCUUCUCCAUCCGGCUACUUCUCACUGCGGCAAUCGGACAUAGAGCCGACGCUGUCCUCAACACCAACCACUACGCUCCAUCCUCUCUUCCUCACCUCCUCCUCCUCUCCGCCCUGCACCGCGCUGCACCCAGCAUGGACAUCGUCAACCUGCUCGUCUCCGGCCCGCAGAGCCUCGGCUCCAUCUCCCUCGACCCCUGCUCCCGCUUCGACUACCCCGGCGCCUUAUCGCGCGCACGCGAGCUCUAUCCCUACCACGACAUCUCGCCCACCCCGCUCGCCACCACCACUGACCUCGACAUCCUUCUCCUGCGCGCCUCCUUCGCGCCUCUCAAGCCCCAGCAGACACGCCUCUAUCUCAUUGCAGACUCGGAUCUCUACCGCCAGCUCUCAGCAACUAUCUGCGACCGCUCGUUCAACAGCCUCGACUUUGAUCUCGAUGACUCCAUCCACGCCCUGCUCAUCCGGUACACCUCCCCCGCGCCGCGCUCCUCCCUCCUCUCCCUGCUCAGUCUCGAGAUGCACCUCGCCUGUGUCGCCGACGACGAUGACGCCCGCGCCGUAAUGGACGCCUGUCUCCGCUCCGGCGGCCCGCUAAAGUACGCGCUCAAGACAUCCCACUUCCAAGGCCGCCGCUCGCUCUCCUCAGACGCUACCCUCUCGUUCUCGUUCCACCCCGAGACCAUGACCCGCGCAUGGUGCGCCGCCGAGGUCGUGGGCACGAACCCCGACGAGCUCCGGCACGCGGCCCGGCUGCUUUUGCUCGAGCGCGCGAGCUACGCCGGCGGCAGCAACGACUGGCGCGACGAGUACUACCGCGUCGACGCUGUCGUCAGCGUGUGCGUGUCUGCAGACAGCGGUGCGGGUGUGACCGCCGACGGCAGCCCCGAGUACAUUGAAAUCACCUGGUGGCGCGCGACAGCCGCGGCGACCGACAUCGAGGCCGUGAGUUCGCAGUGGAUCACGCCCGCGAGCAUGGCGAUCUCUUUUGAUUUGCUGAUGAUGGGCGCGCCGACGCAGCCGUCAAAGUCUGAGUUUGAUGAGUUUAGAUAUCCGGGGUCGUGGAUGGCGAGACAUAGUAAGAAGCAGGUUAUUGAGGUUGCAGAGUCGCGGGUGAAGAUCUGGGUUCGUGAUCUUUUGCAGUCGUUUUGAUUUAUUUCUUUCAUAUUUCUUCUUUUUUAUCUCUUCUUUUUUAUUGCUUCUUGUAUUGCUGGCAUGGUAUCAUUGGUCAUGGGAGU